AUGUCACUCACGAAACCUGAGAAUAUCUUGGAUGACAAUGGAACGAAACGAGUGGAAGAGAUGCUGGGGCCCGCACUUCCAGUGAAGACGGGCCAUCUAAGAGAACUUGUAGCACCAAACAUGAAACGAGCACCAUCACACGAAGUUCGGAUGAAAAAAAAAAUCGGGCUUUCACAAGCGCCUCUCUUCUCCAGCAAGAGAUCACAGCUGAUGGACGCAAAUGAGUCUCGCGCGGAAACACUUUGGACGCCCUUUAAUUUGAAACUUCUGGCCUACACGCACGCCUUUUUGAUCCACUGCAAUGGCAGCUUGAUUGGCAGCUUUUCUGGUCAAGAGGCCGAGGUCGGGUCAGUUCUACGUGCAGGUCCUGACGUUUGUUCGUCGUCUUAUGACUACUAUUGGAUGAUGAACGACAACUGGGGAUGUGAGGCUGAUCUCUUCCCAGUCUCGUCCUUUGGUUCGCAAACGUUGAGCGAAUUGGUGGAAGGGCUGAAUUCUAGGAAACCCACUGGAGGCGAUGCAAUGUCUUUCGCAUCUAGUGGUGCUCACGACGUUCAAGUAGUGCCGUGCAUCAUCAGGAAGAAACCACGAUUUGCUCCGAAAAUCUUGAAGAAGAAAAGCACUUCAAACAAAACUUCGAACGAAGCGAAUCUCAAACACGUGACGUUUGAGGUUUCUGCGGUUGAACAACUGCUUGCAAGGGAAGGAAAUGUUCAAGAUCGCAAUGUCGCACGUGAACGUCUCGUUAUGUCACUAGGAGGAAGCGCACCCAAAGGGUGCCUGCUCGGUUGUUAUUCGUCGUGUAUUUUCCAUGUGUCAAUUCAUUCUACUGUCCGUUCUAUUUCAUACGUUUUCCUUCCCUAUUCUCCUGUAAACAUUCUGAAUCAAUGUAGAUGGAAGAAUUGUUCGUCGGUUGCUUCAAAUCUGUUCUUCUCUUGUCGAUGGUCGAUAUUUAACCUCCGUAACCUUGCCAACUGUAUUAUGCCGUAUUCUUGCAUUACUACUUAUAUAACACUGCUUAGGAUGCCGCGAUCACGCUCUCGUUCAAUGAGCAGGAGCCGUUCGAGAUCUCGCUCUGAUUCUCCUUCUAGAAAUGGCAAUGGAGUGCGUGAAAGGUCGAUGUCGCGAACUCUGUCGAGGUCAAGAUCGCGUACACGCUCUCGUUCUCCAGUGAGAUCAUUCUCACCUCGGGAUAGACGCGGUCGUUCUCGCUCUCCAGCAAGACGUUCUCGAUCUCGUUCUCCGGCUCGUCGUGUGAAGCGAAGCUCACGCUCGGCUUCACGCUCGAGAAGUGCCAGCCGUUCACCGGACCGUCGCGACAGUAGGCGGUCACGUUCUCGUAGUCCUCGUCGCCGUGAUUCUUACUUACGAAGCAGACGCGACAGUGGCGAGAGAGGUGGAUGGAGAGGACGUAGAUCUAGAAGGGAGGAUCCAGAUCCAUGCAGGUGUCUUGGAUGUUUUAAUUUGAGCGUAUAUACAACCGAGAAGGAUUUGCGAGAUUUGUUUGGGGAGUUUGGUGAAAUUGAGAAGGUGGAAUUAGUCUACGAUCAUCCUACUGGGCGCUCUCGUGGUUUUGGCUUUGUGUACUUUGAACGUCUUGAAGAUGCAUGCGCAGCUCGUGAUAAGCUUUCGGGGCAGGAAAUAGAUGGACAUAAGAUUCGUGUCGACUUCUCCCUGACAAAGAGGGCGCAUACUCCAACGCCAGGACAAUACAUGGGAGCUAUUCGAGGAAGUCGAAGGAAUUAUGGGUAUGGCGGCGGUGGCUACAGGAGUGAACGUCGGGAGUCUUACCGCGACGGUUAUGCGGGUCGAAGCAGCCGUCGUAGAACCCCGUCUCCUCCGCGUCGUGAGCGUCAUCGUUCUCGUUCGUACGACUGA